GGAGGUUUGUCAUCUCAUGCCUAUCUCUCUUUCUCUCUCUUAAUCAAUUGGAGCUCUGAUUUUGAUCCAUUUUUCUUUUUUCUUUUUGCCUUUCUUUAUGGCUUCUUCCACUUCUUUUGCAGCUUCAUCUUCAUAACAACUCUUCUCUGACCUUUAUCAGCUUUUUGGGAUAAUAUAGUAAGAAGAAGAAGGAAAGGAAAGUCAGGAAUUUGUGAUGGAUGGUUCUGUAAAGGUUUCCAAAGAGCUGAAACAUGAAACUCAGGCAUCCAAAAAAAGAAGGGUGGUUCAGAAGACUGUGGUUACAGUGAGGAUUGAAGCAAAUGUUGGAAAACAGAAGAAUGAAGGGCCGCCAUCGGAUUUUUGGUCUUGGAGGAAAUAUGGGCAAAAGCCUAUAAAAGGAUCUCCUUAUCCAAGGGGCUAUUAUAGGUGCAGCACAUCAAAGGGGUGCUCAGCUAAAAAGCAAGUGGAGAGAUGCAGAACAGAUGCUUCAAUGCUCAUCAUUACUUACACUUCUAGUCAUAACCACCCAGGCCCUGAUCUCUCAACCACUCCCAACACCCUAAACCAACCAAAAGACCCCGAAACACAGCCCAUUGAAGAAACCCCCACAACCCCAAAAGAAGAUCAUCAACCACAACAACCCAUCACCAUGGCCAGUGAUGAAGAUGCAAGUGAAGAUCAUUUCCACUACUUCCAAUCCACAAUCAGCCAUGAAGAAGACCCAUUUAAAGUGAACCUAGAGAAAACCCAUGAUUCAUUAGGUGUCGUAUUUGAUGAGCAGCCCCUUGCUUAUCCACAUCUCAUGACCUUCUCAACACCCAAAUCAGAAGAAAAUGACUUCUUUGAUGAGCUUGAAGAACUACCCACAUCUUCAUCUUUCACAAGCUUCAUGAGGAGCGGCUUCAACUUCUUUGAUGACAGGAUUCUUGUGCUCCCUUCUUGAUCCAAGUACCCUUUUUUUGGGACCUUGCAGCCUUGGAAAAAAUGUACUCAAUAUGUGCAUAUAUGUUAUACCCACUACUAGUAAUCCUUCUAUUUAGCAUCUUUUUAGUUUCUUUUUCUCUUCUGGGUUCACAAUCUGAGAAAGUCGCAUCACUUUGCCAAGCCUGCCUCCUCCCCCCCCCAAAAAAAAAGCCCACCACUUUGGCUUGAGCAAAAGCUAGUGGAGAGGCUAUAUGUUAAAAGUUGUGUUUCUAGAGAUUGGGAUUGAAUGUUCUUGGCAGAUGAGAAACCCACCAAGCCCCAUGGAGAAAGUGAGGAUAAGUGUAUAGGUAAAGGCUUCCUGAGUGGUUGUGUCUUCGCUCACAUAAUAAUUAAAAAUAAGAUAGCACGAGAUUCACGAGGUA